AUGGAGAAUAAAACAGAAAUUACUGAACCUCUAAAUCGAAAUAAAAUGGGUUCAAAUGUCAUGAAGUCAGUGGAGGAUGUUGGUGCAUCUAAAAUUGGUUGUACGGAAUCCAUUUUCACCUACGAUUUCGCUAGUCUUGCUCAGACAAUGGCCCAUAGUGCCGAGGAAUUCGUACGACAGGUUUGGCUUCGUGGAUGGGGCCUAGUUCAGUUUACUCAGUUACCUCAGUGGAUGAAGGAUAAUGAUUUCAUUAGGGGUGGCCAUAGACCAGCUCUUAACUCUUACUGGGGCUGUGCUAAAUCUAUUUUUCGAAUUCACACAGAAACUGGAAAUAUAUGGACUCAUUUACUUGGCUGUGUUUUAUUUAUUGCUAUUUGGAUAUUUUUUCUUUCCUUCGCACCAGAGAGCAUUCAGUGGCAGGAUAAAUUGGUAUUCUCUGCUUUCUUUAUUGGUGCUGUUGUUUGCCUGGGAUUUUCUUGCAUUUUUCACACUUUAAGCUGUCACUCUCCCAAAGUGUCUCGUUUUGCAAACAAAUUGGAUUACGCAGGAAUAGCAGUUCUGACAAUCGGUUCUUUUGUGCCUUACCUCUACUACACUUUUUACUGUGAUGUUGCGGCCAUGGUAAGCUACCUCUCCCUGAUAUGCGUUCUUGGAGUUGUAACGAUUUGUGUAUCGAUGUUGGAUGCCUUCUCUACACCGAGAUUUCGACCAAUUCGAGCUGGAUCCUUUAUUGGUCUGGGGUUGUCCGGAGUUAUUCCUGCUACACAUUAUGCUGUUGUUGUUGGCUGGAAAUCAGCCGUAGAUGACGGUUCUCUAGGAUGGCUUAUUAUUAUGGCCUUUCUCUACAUCUCUGGUGCUCUGCUCUAUGCCCUACGCGUUCCUGAGCGAUGUUUUAGUGGCUAUUGUGAUAUUUGGUUUCAAAGUCACCAGAUCUUCCACGUGUUUGUUGUGGCAGCUGCAUUCGUGCAUUACUACGGCGUUUCAAUGAUUUCCGAUUUUCGAUUAAGCAGAGGUGACUGUAGACCCGCCCAGCCACUUAAUUUUACCAACACUGCUUUCGACGCAUGA